AUGAUGCCUAAUGAUCAACAUGACGCCAUUGGCCGGUUCGCAGUUAUUGACGCCGUGGUUGACUUUAUUCUGGACUACGACGACUCGCCGAUCAGUGUCGAGGCCGUACUGUGCAUGGAACGUAUCGUUCGCCACGAACCCGAGGCCGAGUGUCUCGUGCGGUUGAUUCAUCACAAGUUGCGCACGCUGCAGCGCAAAUACGUGGGUGGUCCGACACGCACCAUCAACGGCCCAUCGGGCAUCGACGGACACUCGCUGUCGUGCGUACAGGGAUCGGCCGCCGAUCCACUGGCGGUGCUAGCAUUACCCGACUGUACCGUGGAAAUUGCCGACUGCAGUAUUUGCCUCGAACAAGACGGCCACGGAAACGUUGUAUCCAGUCUGCCCUGUGGACACGACUUCCACCGCACGUGUAUUCGCCGCUGGUUGCAGUCCAGCACCCAGUGUCCCGAGUGCCGUGCCGAGUUGCCAGACACUGUAGGUGCAGCCGACAACGUGCCGGUGUUGAGUCUGGAGAAUACCUGGACCUCCAAUCAGGUUUUGGAAAACCGAGUCUCACGAUGGAACGUUGUGUCCUUGAAGCAAAAGAAAACCACCGGCUCGACCGGACUUGCACCGACCGUUUGGUUUAUGGACUGCGACGGCGACAUGGUCAAGCGCGUCAAAAAUCGACGCGGCAAGAAGAAGCUCGUGCGUGUGCCUUUCGACGAGUGGGUAAACGACCACGAACUGGCGGCAAUAACCGUGCGUGUGUUUGACGACACCGACCGUUUCCCCUGCGUCUCGAAGGGACAGUUUGACAAGUCGUAUGAUGACGUCGCCACUCCGAUGCGUGUGUUGACACUUUUUGUCCGCGACGGUAUUGUGUACAAGCAGACCGCGAACGUGACUGUUUCUGCACACGCUUUCAGUGACACCUUGUUUUUCUCGAUUUUCUCGAAAAUAUUGUGA